CCAGAUGGGAAAGGAAGUUUCCUUUUGUUGGGUUUAGCAAUCCUGGGAUUAAGCUGAAGGAGUUUUAAUUAACAAACUAAGUGUCAAAUAUGUUUUCAGCAUAGUCAGAGUCAUUUUACAGCCACUUUUAUAUCAAAAGUACAAAGGAAACCCUCGUGGUGACACAAAUUUCCCCAGAUCUUUCUCUGCAGAGCUGAGAACUGGUGCAUGGUCUGUUUUUAUUUUACUUUUACUCCAUCCUGAUUGCAAAACCAGUGAAAUCUUAAAAGGAAAAAUACAUAAUUUUGUUAAAGCCUGCACUAAAGGAAAGCUGAGCCUUUGGCCUUGAUUGCUGCUGAUCUCCAGGUUGUUGGCAAGGAUGCACAAUUGCCUGAUAACCUUGGCUGUCACACAGGUCGAUGGCAUUGCUGUGACUCAGGGGCCAUAAAGCUCCGUUCCCAGGUGGGCUGAGGCUGGGGCUGCUCUAUAAAGGCAGGGCUGAGCCCAGCCCAUCAUCCUGCUCCGGCCAGCUGCUGCUCUGCUUCCCAGCCCAUCCCAGGGGAACAAUGGCAUUCUCAGGCAAAUACGAGUUCGAGGGCGACGAGAACUACGAUGCCUUUGUGCAGAAGAUUGGUCUCCCCAGUGACAAGGUUGAAAUGGGAAGGAACUGCAAGAUUGUGACAGAGGUGGUGCAGAAUGGGAAUGACUUCACUUGGACACAGCACUUCCCAGGAGGCCACACCACCACCAACACCUUCACCGUGGGCAAGGAGGCAGACAUGGAGACCAUGGGAGGGAAGAAGUUCAAGGCAACUGUCAAAAUGGAAGAUGGGAAACUUGUAGCUGAUUUCCCCAACUACCGCCACACUGCAGAGAUCUGUGGGGGGAAGCUGGUAGAGAUUUCUACUUCUUCUGGUGUAGUCUACAAAAGGACCAGCAAGAAGAUUGCCUAAGGCAGCAAAGGCCAGUCUCUUCCAGUGCAUUGAAAGCCAACAAUAAAAUAAAUGAAAUAAA